AUGGAAGAGGACAUGUUGAAUGUGCGCAAAUUGGAGAACGAAUUUGAAUCCCUGGACUUAAAAAUGAAGCCUUCUACUUCGAAGCAGACUAAAAAACCGUUGAAAAGAGGGACUGAAAAAGCAAUUGAUAAAAAGAACAAAAAAAAACAAAUGAAAACAAGUUCAUCAUACAGAGAAAUACUUGAGGAAAAAUUGCGGGCAGAAGAAUUUGACGAAGAAAUAUUAAAUUCUGUUACUUUUCGACAGGGAGAUGGUUUGGCUACCAUUAAAAGCCAAUUUAAUCCUGAUGAGAAGCCAACUGACUACUGGACGAUAACCUAUUACAAGUGCGCAAAUAUAAGCAAUGUUCCAACAAAGGAUAGGUGGCGACACUCUGAGGCAUCUGUCAAGGUGACGACAUCGGACAAGUCGAAAGAUCAGACUCUAAAUAACAGUUUGAACGAGACCAUGCAGGUUAUCUUUGAUAUCAUUUUGAAAGACCCUGAACGUCGUACGAUUAGGAAUAAAUUAGCCGCAUGAAAAAAUGUAGUAUAAAAAUAUUUUUUUUUAUUUAAUAAAAAAAACAAUACAUAAAUAUAAAUGAAUUUGUAUUAGGUAUAUCAUACUAUUAAGUCCUGUAAAAAUCAUGUCAGACAUUGCAUUAAAAUGAAAUUGUAAUAUCUCAUACAAAAAUGAAGUGUCAUCGUUUUGUAGAUUAGAAUAAUAAUUAAAAUCAUAGUUUUGUAUAUUAUA